UCAAACUGAUGCCUGCCUUUACAGUCCCUCACUCACUCACCCCUCUGCUCUAACCACUAACCAUUGGAUAGCUUUUUGGAAUUUACCUGCAUAAUCGUGAAAAGGGAAAUAUCAAGAGUUGGAAUGGUUCGGAGUCCUCCGGUGUGACAGGUUGCUCAUCACACAUGAAAGCAAACUGGUGAAGAAAGGCUUUACCAUACAUCCACAUACCAGAUUUAAUUUCUUCAUUGACUGGACUAGCAACCAGUCGGAACAAGUGGGUAGCACUGCAGGACGAGAGUGAGAGCUCACACACUACACCAUGGCCCAAUAUGACCAACUUGAAGAUAAACAUUCUGUGGAUAUCCACGAUAACCCCACAGCCCCUGACAAUAUUGUGAAAGAAGAAGACAAUACUGUAUACUUUAUUUAUGAGGAGGAGGUGGAAGUGGAGGAGAAGGAGCCCGAGCCUGAGCCCGUUGUUAUAUUGGUGAAUGACAAACCACACAAGUUCAAGGACCACUACUGCAAGACGCCCAAGUUCUGUGACGUCUGUGCUCGUAUGAUAGUCCUCAACAACAAGUUUGCUCUACGGUGCAAAAACUGCAAGACCAACAUCCAUCACUCAUGCCAGUCCUAUGUCGAGUAUCAGAAGUGCUUUGGCAAAAUUCCCCCAGGUUUCAGACGGGCCUACAGCUCCCCUCUAUACAGUAGUGACCAGACAGAUGCAGCCCACUCCAACCGUAACGACCCUGUGUUUGACACCCUGCGGGUUGGGGUCGUCAUGGCAAACAAGGAGCGCAAGAAGGGGUCUGAGGACAAGAAGAAUAUGAUGAUGAUGAUGAUGGAGGAAGAGGAAUCCCAACAACCCAAAGAAGACGAACAGGCAGAAGGAAAGCCAGAGGGGGAUAAGAAAGGAGACAAGGCUGACAAAGCAGAUGACAAGAAAAAGAAGGAGAUGGGAAACAUGGGAAAUCAGUCACAUUACUACCUGGCUCUGUAUCGCUUCAAGGCUAUUGAGAAAGACGACCUUGACUUCCAUCCUGGUGAUCGAAUCACUAUAAUUGAUGAUGCAAAUGAGGAAUGGUGGAGGGGGAAGAUUGGGGAGAAGACAGGUUACCUCCCCACCAAUUACAUCAUUAGAAUAAAAACGGGAGAGAGGGUGUUCAAGGUGACGCGCUCCGUCGUGGGAAACAGAGAGAUGGGUCAGAUAACACUGAAAAAAGACCAGAUCGUGGUGAAGAAGGGAGAGGAGGUGAAUGGCUACUUGAAGGUCAGCACAGGCCGCAAGCUGGGCUUCUUUCCCACUGACCUGCUCCAGGAGAUCUGAGCCUGACCGGAUCACAACCACAGGUCUAGAGUCACCAGGACUAGGACCAUAACCACAUAACACCAAACCCAAGACCUAAACACAUGAUCACAACAUUUUCUAACACAACAUUUACACUAACACUUGUAUUUUCCACUUUUAGGGGCCUAUAGAGCUGAUCUGGUGAAUGUGUAAGCUGUUUGAGCUCUGUAAAUUGUGUUGAGUGUAACUUAAUACUGCAUCCUACCCACCCUAGUGAACUGGAUCAGCUAUCCAUGCAAUCCGAGCUGGACAGAGACGUGUGACGUAGGACCAGGAGUGUGUGGUGGACACCUAAAAAGUGAACAUGUUUGUGCCAUUUUAAUGUGAUCAAAACCGGACAACCUGAAAUUACAUCUUCAGAAACUUGAAGCAAAAAAAGUGUCUGUAACUACUGACUGUAUCUAUUAAAGUAACUAGGAUUUUUA